UUAUUUUUAGGAUGAAUCCACUCUGAGGACCGAAAUCUUCCAUUAGAACAUUCAAAACAUUAAACUUGCUCACAAGCUUACAGAAGCAAAAGAAAAGGUCCGAGUCUUCAGCUAAUAAUCUGCCCGAAUAUCUCUAUUAAUCGGGGAUGCGGAUAUGGGGUGUUAAAGUUCAGAUAAGACUUAUCAACAAGAGAUACUUCGCUUCAUCUGGCGGAGGCUCGCUACGGAUAGGAAAUGUAAGUAAAACACUACAUAACUCUGACAAACAGUACUUGGUUCCCAGCUCUGGCAGCGACCUUACUUCUUUACCUCAAUCCUUACUGGCUCAUGUCAAGUGGAUGCUGCAAAAGGACAUAGCCCAGCAAGAUGUGUUCCUAAUUGGGCAUCCCGGACCUACACGGAGAAGACUCGCGUCUCUUUACUGUGAGCUGGUGAACAGAGAGACGGAGUAUCUGGUGCUGUCACGUGAUACUACUGAGGGGGACAUAAAGCAACGCAGGGAGAUCAGUGCAGGAUCCUCUCAGUACUUGCCCGGACCUGCUGUACGAGCAGCUACUGAGGGUAGAGCUCUCAUAAUAGAGGGGAUAGAACGAGCCGAGCAGAACCUUCUUCCUAUCCUUAACAACCUCCUAGAAAAUAGAGAGAUGCACCUGGAGGAUGGCAGGUUCCUGGUGGCACAUCAGAGAUACGACACACUUCUUAACCCUUCUUCUGACCUUGUCAGAGUUCAUCCUGACUUCUGGGUCGUUGCUUUGGGUGUACCAGUCCCACCCUACAGAGGGUACCCUCUAGACCCUCCCCUCAGAUCUAGAUUCCAGGCUAGGAUUGUUGAGGACUUGCUGUACAACGAACACAAGCAGCAUCUCCUUCUGAAUGCAGCUGGUUCUGACGAAAAGAGUGUACACAGUUUAUUAUCCUUUGCCUCAUUUUUCAAAGAAUCAGAAGCUAAAACCUGGCCCUAUCUCAAUAGUUCUGCAAUUGAUAACCUCCAGAAGAUCGUGUCUAAAGUUCCUACUGUAGACUCCGCCAAACUAGUGAACACAGUAUACCCGUACAAGCUGCUGCUACAACCAGACACCCGGUCCCAGUUUGAGGUGAUGUUAUCAGAUCUGGGGAUCACGUCACCCCGGACCGUGCUAGGUGAUCCCGUCUGCCAGGUCCGGGAUAUCACUGAUGGUAUUGCUACUGUAAAGUGUGGCAGACACCAGUUCACCGUCCCUGCAGGUAGAAAUACUAGCGGUCCCCCGAGACUGUCCCCUUAUAUCCCUACUCCGUCACAAGAGACCCUUCUUUCUGACAUGAUACUCUCCCACUCCGUCUCUGACAUCUGCCUUGUCGGUCCUCCUGGAUGUGGAAAGUCGGUGGUUAUAAAUGAGUUUGCCAGGCGACUGGGAUACGAAACAGACUCGAUAGUUUUGUACAAUGAUAUGACGUCACGUGACUUACUUCAACAGAGACACACGGACUCAAGAGGUAACACAGUUUGGGAGCACGCCCCCCUGGUACGAGCAGCUCUUUCUGGUGAGCUGUUUGUCCUGGACUCCGCUCACAAGCUUCACCAUACCACCCUCUCUACUUUAGCCAGUUUAUGUCAAGACCGAGUCCUAACCUUACCAGACGGAACUAGACUGCUACCCCACACCACACACCACAACAUGUGCUCCAAGUUAAAUAUAUCUGCUGAGGAGUUGAGCAGACGGGGAGUGCUCCAGAUACAUCCUUCCUUCAGGAUCAUCGCUACUGGAGAAGAGAAAGGAGAGUGGAUUACCCCGGAGGUUCUGGGAUUGUGGCACUAUCAUCACCACACUUCACUAGACCUGGAUCAGCAGCUCAACCUCAUCUCACAGAUCUGUCCCGAAACAUCAAAAGUGCACAUAAAACGGAUCCAAACAAUGAGUGAAACUCUGCGGACACAUACCGAUCCAGUCUUGACUGGUAUUGGAAAUAUGUUGACUAUGAGGAGACUGAUUGCUAUUUGUAGGGCAGUAGCAAACGGUGCUGAUCUGGGAAACUCAGUCCACACUUCUCUGCUAACCAGGUUCAUGCCCGCUCUAACUCGUCAAACACUGACACAAACUCUGAACAACAUCGGAAUACUGGAGACUACCAAGGUUGAUGACGUCACGAUCACAUCAGAUAAUGAUAUCCUCACUAUUGGAUCUGUUUCUGUUCCCAAGCUGAAGGGUGAUAAGGAACUUAUACCUAACAUCUUGUUCUACGAAAACAAAAACCAACUCUACCUGCUGGAGGAUCUAUUACGGAGUUUUGGGGAUGGAUCCCACAUUCUGUUGGUGGGGAACCAGGGAGUUGGGAAGAACAAACUGAUAGACAGACUGUUGGAACUGUUGGAAGGGAGUAGGGAGUAUUUACAGUUACACAGGGAUAGUACAGUACAGGCUAUCACAGUUCAGCCAACAAUAACUGGAGGAAGAGUAGAAUACGCGGACUCAGCGCUAGUGCGCGCAGUGCGAAAUGGUAGAGUGCUGGUAGUAGACGAAGCUGAUAAAGCACCGACCAAUGUUACCUCCGUUCUCAGGACUCUACUGGACACGGGGUCUAUGUGGCUAUCUGAUGGUAGGAAAAUAGUUCCACCUGGAACACCAACGGAAGAGCUGACUGAUAAGGACAUUGUUUGUCACCCUGACUUCCGGGCUAUAUUCCUUGCUAACAGACCUGGCUUUCCCUUCCUGGGCAACGAUUUUUAUGCUGUUAUGGGAGACCUGCUUAGCUGCCAUGCUAUUGAUAACCCUGAUCCUCAAUCCGAACUGGAACUGUUAAAACAGUACGGACCUGAUGUAUCAGAGGAAAUACUCCUGAAACUCAUUGGGUCGUUCAGUGAGCUGAGAGCCAUGUCAGAUGCCGGCACAUUCCUUUAUCCCUACUCUACCAGGGAGCUGGUCAACAUUGUCAAACAUAUGCAGGCGUACCCAGAAGAUGGCAUUACAACAGCGCUGAGCAACGUACUAGACUUCGAGCAGCAACAGGGCGACAUUUGGAACAUGCUGGUUUCUAUCCUGCACAAACAUGGCAUCCCAUUCGGGGCUAGACCUAUAUCCAAUAUUUCACCACGGUACCCUCUGAAACGACCUUUUAUGGUCGGAACGUUAUUACCACAGACAGAUGAAACUUCUGUGGGUAAAAUAUCGAAGGGCUCGUUCAGGGAAAGGGGUCCUUGGUUUCUGCCUCACUAUAACGCUGAUGCACCAGUAUCCCUUGAGCGGGCCAAGUCUUUCAGUGAAUGUGUAAACACCCGAUCUUUACCAAGACCAAAAGUUCAAACUAAAUACACUCACCUUUUGGCUGGUGGAGAGGCUGGGAUACUGCAUGCUAUCAGCACAAGUCCCGAUGCUAUUUACACGAUUCAGAGCAAUUCGGAAGAAGUCACGUGUUUGGACAUUGGGCCAGCCUUAGGGUACAAACCAAAUCUUACUGUUGCAGCCUGGGACCAAUUUCUCAUUGCUUCCGAUACCUCGUCAGAGACGUUGAUGAAAUUUGAUACCAAAAAGCGGACAGUACUGCGACUCGACCUGAACCGCAUGUCGUACUUCAAACAGAAGAAAACGGGAGGUUUUCAGGUUACACCCGGCAGGGGACAAUUCUGCUGGAUCUUUUCGGAAAAUCUCCUGAUCCGAUACAACAUCCCUGAGAAUAAGACUAAAGAGUGUGAACUCCCGUUUGAGAUAAGUUCCGUGCGACAAAGUCACCUGAAUACGGAUAAUGACGAGCUAAUGGUGCAAUCAAGAGAGGGAGUCUGGCACUUUGUUAAAUUCUCUGAUAAAAACUUUACCUGCUAUCCUUUAACCAGGGAAACGGAGGUGGAAGGAAACUGGGUACUAGAUCAGGCUGCAGGCGUAAAGACAGAUAUACCAUACAGCAGCGAUAUCAUUCAAAGUCCAGAGGGAGUCCUGAUGGCUGAGAAUUGUUUUGGUUCGUUGGGCAACAACAGUGAUGUCAAAAUUAGAAAGCUUGAUACAGGGAUUGACGAAUCAGGUGUCGGGUUGUUGAACCGAGGAGUCCUGCUAAUUCCCGUUAAAAAUAUACCUAAAGAAUUCAAAAAGGAGGACCAGAAAGAGAAGGACCAGAAAGAGGAUACAACAAAUGGGUUCCUAGCUGUAGUGGAUACAGUUAGAUAUACCGUAUCUUUCGUUCCUUUACAAAAACCUUUCAGUAAUACUAGAUACGACAGUCCCCUGGAUAUGAUGUCAGCACUAAAUGGACUAGAUGAUAUCCACACACUCACCACUGGAGGAACUCUUCAGGGGUGGGAGUUGACGGAUGAAAGAUUAGCUGUAUCGUACGAUACCUGGCGGAGCAUGGUGGGAGACCCACCCACUCAACUCAACAUAGACCGGGACAGUGGGGAGGAUGUGACGGACCCCAAACACGGCAAGAUAGACCCGGAUAACGCCCCGCACGUGGGUGGCAACACGUGGGCAGGUGGUACUGGGGGUAGGGACACUGCCGGUCUAGGAGGUAAAGGAGGACCAUAUAGGCUAGAUGCCGGGCACAACGUCCAUCAGCUCUCUGACGAGGAGAAGAACUCAGUUCCUGAUGAGGUGCAAAAAGCUGCUCGGGAAAUGGGUCAACGAGCUUUUAAGAAACGAUUAGAGGAGAUUAGAAUGUCGGAAUACGACGCAGAACGUUACAACUCUUUCGUUAAAAGCGUCAACCAGCAGAUAACAUCACUUAAACAGCUAGCAGCCGGGUUAGAAGCAAAGCAAGGUGACAGAGUGUGGUUGAAGAACCAGACAGAUGGAGAACUAGAUGAUGCUAAACUCGUAGAAGGAUUGACAGGUGAACGGAAUGUUUACAAAAGACGGGGCCAGCCCGAAGAGAAAGGGCUCAACAUGACGAAGCCGAAACACCUUACUCUUCUGGUCGAUGUCUCCGGCAGCAUGUAUAGGUUUAACGGGUUAGACCAGAGAUUACAGCGUGAGUUGGAGCUGAUGGCAAUGGUGAUGGAGGGUCUACAAGGCUCGGAGAGCAGGGUUAGAUAUGAUAUCAUAGGUCACUCAGGAGAGAAUCCUCACAUCUCGUUCGUCAACAGGGACAUGCCACCUGAUAACGAAAAGAAGCGUCUUGAAGUCUUAGAGGAGAUACAUGCUCACUCCCAGUUUUGUUGGUCAGGUGACCACACUGUCGAUGCUCUAAACCAGGCAAUAAAACAUGCCGGAGCUCAAGAAGCUGACGACAGGAUCGUCAUCGCAUUCAGUGACGCCAAUUUGAAGAGGUACUUUAUUAACCCGAAGCAAAUUGCUUCCACGAUGACGAAAGACCCUGCAGUGUCUGUGUUCAUGAUAUUCAUUGGAUCACUCGGCGACGAGGCUGAACAGUUGAGACGAGUUCUUCCUGGAGGGAAAUCAUUCGUUACCAUGGAUACCAAGGAAAUGCCAACAAUUCUUCAGCAGAUUUUCACCUCUACCAUGAUUCAGUGAUUUAUGAUUUUAAAACUAAACAGUGUUUACACUUGAAUUUUUAAUUCUAUCCGAAAACUGUGAAUCAUUCACCUUUUGAUUUAAAAAGUAGAACUGAUAAAAUUCAAUCGCCAUUGCAUUGUAUUACUAUUAUUGUGAACCAAUUCGCUGCAUCAAUUGACUGUGACAGAUGUAAAUAGCAAUAAGGGUUGAGUGUGUAAUACCAAAUUACCAUCGUAGUACAUAUUGAUAUUAUUAAUUAUGAAUUGGGCUUCUGUCAUUACCCUCACCUUCUUUAUAAAGAUUCAGUUUCCUAUUUAUUAUAUUG